AUGGUUUUGGUGGUUGGGGUUUCCAGCAAGUGCAAGGCUCAUCGGGGCAACAACACGCCAAAAUUGACGUCGACGACUCAGCAAUUUACCGGCUCCUGGAUCGCUAAUGGGCACUUCUGCAAGUGCGUGGAGAAUGAUCAGCUGCCGUUGUUCAACGCCACGUACUCGAAAGCUUCGGCCAACUAUCAGCUGGCCAGGACGCAAAACUGCGACAACCCCUACCCGAUGCCGUUCACCUGCAACCAAUCGGUCGCCGAAAUUCGGCAAGCCUGGAAAGGAUACGGAGCCGUCCUCUCAUUUAAACUUUACGCCCCGAAUGGCAGCGUCUACUUCGAACCAUCAGUUUGCCUCGACCCAAAGCAGCGCUUUACCGUGCUGCAACGCAAGAGAACCUGCAUGCGCCGUAGCGGCGGCGAGGCCGCCUACUUCGUCGAUGCCGAAAUCAUGGACCAGGCGGCCCCCGUCUGGCUCUGGCAAUCCGCCUGCUCGGUGGACCAAUCCGACGACUGUCCGCCGCUU